AUGGAAGCGAUGAUGCGAGAAUUCAAUGAGCGUGUUGGAGAACUUAAGAAUUGCAUGCUGCUUCGUGCUGAAGGCACAUCACAAAAAAUGGAGGAUACUCUCGUAGAGCUACGGGAUUCACUGAGUGAACUAGAGACUCAUGUUUUGUAUAUGACAACUUUUUUACAAGAAGAAAAACUUGCUGUUGAACGAGCAAAGGAAAUCAAGAUGAAACUAAAAUCUCAGUAUGAAUAUUUGCAACUCAUAAGUCAAAACCUCCCGAAGCAUUUACCAGGAAAUAAUCAUUUCUCUGUAAAAUCAAUGCUAGAAUCCUUAAAAUCGUAA